GAGUGCUGCAGAAAAGCGCUAUAUAAAUGUAACAAAUUAUUAUUAUAAUGUCUUCAUUGCUUUUAUAUCAAUUGUGUCUCGAGCUGGAACAGACAUUCUAGCUGCUCUUGAAAUGAUUCCAAGUAAAUACACGCACACUCUUAGUGUUUUGGGGUUUUUUUUAUAGGAAAAAGAUGUUGCUAUCUACUUUAGAAAACUGUUUAGAAAAAUUUUAUCAAAUGACAAGUGCAUUUUUACCACUCCCAACUAAUUAAGCUUGGCCUUCUCAUCACCGGAGUAACACCACACUUUAUUUCAUCAUCAUUAUAGUUGAUAAUAAAUAAGUUAGAGAGCAAGUUUAAAAGUAACAAGUAACAAGGGUUGCAGUGUGAGCAUCCCAAGAGGCUACUUAUUUUAUAUUUGCACACAAAUGCUCAGGCUAGUACAAAGCACUUAAGCACUUACAAAACUCAACUGCUUUGGAAAAAAAAAGUAUUGUACAGCUAUUUGUGAUCAAUUACUUAAUAACAUUGACAAUGUGUUGAAUCAAAGAGUGACUUUAUCCUUCAAUGAAUGUGAGACAGGCAAAACCUGAUCCAAGUUCAGGGAUUUUAAAAAAUUAACAGAUUUAAUACAAAACAAGGGAACAAACCUCUCAUCAGUAUAAAAAAUGGAAGUGCAGGAAGCAGUCAAGGUCAGUAGGCAAAAUGAUCUAAAAUGUACUUUGCCUUAGGAACAGUAGAGAUAAAGAACUAGAACUAGGAUGUAGAUAAAUAAAAACAAAACACAGUAAUAAAGAACUGAAGAACAGUAAUUAUGAACAGCCAGAAGCACUAUACAUGUCUCUACUGUCUGUCUCUCAGCGCUGCAUUGCAAACUGCAAAAACACAAGCAAAUCAAUUUACAGGUACAAUUACUGAAACCAUUUCCUCACCUUUGGCUAACCAUUUAAAAAGUUGACAAAGACUAUAAGAAAUAGAAAUACUGAAUGAUAGUAUUAGGUGAUCUUAUUAUACUACAUGGAAAUCCAUAAUGACAUCAAUAUUCAGUAAACACAAAAGAGACAGCUGACAAAAAUAUAAUUCUAUAAAUUCUAUAACUUCUAAUAACAGAAGCGCCACAGUGAACUCAACAGUCUUUCCUAUUGCCUUACACAUAUCAUGUUCAUGAUUUGCACACUUUGCAAGAAGAGGUGGAGCUCCAUGAGAUACUAUUUAUAAACAUUAUGAUCAAGGACUCUGAGUCUUAAAACUGAAAGUAAAAGUAUCAUCUAAAACCAUAGCAGUCCACCCUGUUGCUUGGAUAUCAUUUGUCUUCCAAGUCACUCCAUCACAGGUACCUCAGCUGAGAUCUGGUUUCAAAAUGGCAGUCUUUACAUCAUUUAUCAAUUUUUUUGUAAUGGUCAUUGGGAACACCAUGGAUUCUCACAAGACCAUUCUGGAUGAACUGACAAUUUCAUCAAAACUUAGUGAAGUGUUUUUGGUGGAGGAGAGUGAUGUCAUCAUUGCUUUUGUCCCAAUUGUGUCUCGAUCUGGUACUGACAUUUUAUCUGCUAUGGAGAAGAUCCCUGUGGGAAAGCCUGUUAUUCUAAUUGUGCUUCACCACACAUUUGAUCCGAAUUAUAUUGCUCCAGACAGCAGACUCUGUGUAAACAAGAACACAGUAUUUGCAGUAGAUUGUCUCUGUCAUGAAGACGAAGGGCUGCUGAGAUGUCCGAGGAAUGAUGAUGCGAUCAGAGCGGUGAAGAAGCACCUGGAAAUCGACGAACACAAUGUGGACAACAGUCGUAUUAACUGUGCUGAGAUGGAAUCCAACAUAUGUACUGCUAUUGGGAUUAGUGGUGUGGGUAUUAUUGUGGCUGUUACUGCAGGUAUAUCAUUUUUUUUGUUAUUUGUUGCAGGCAUUUUGGGAGGGUAUAUUUGCAUUUUUAUUGCUGCAAACUUCAAAUUGAGGAGAAAAAAGUUUAUGCAGAAGAAAACAAGAAAACAAACAAAUUAUAAACUUUAAAAUCCAAAACAGGUUUGUUUCCUCUCUUAAAUUGAAAACUUAGAUAGAGAGAGUCUUGUGUUACUUUGUUUAUACUGAAAGGAUAUUUAAAUUAACAUAGACUUAGGGUUAGGUCUAAGUUUAGGGUUGAGAUUAGGGGAUAGCCAUGAUGAAUUUUUAAGAAUGUUAAAUUCCUGUCAUUUCAACUUGGAUAUAACUUUGACUUUGAUGUAAAAAAAAAAAAGAAUUCUGUGUAUAUUUUUUCAGUUAAUACAAAUGUCUGUAAAAAAUGUCCUGUGAAUGUCAUGUGAU